AAACUAGAAGAAUUCCCUCGUGUUCCUAUCACAGAACAGGAUCUCGAGUAUUUGUCUGAGGGCUUGGAAGGACGUUCCAACAGCCCAGCUGCUCUUCUGUUUGACAUUCUGCUCAAACCUGACACUGAUUUUUCUCGGGGACGUGGAAUCUGUGCUGAGCUGGACUCUAGAGCCAGAGAGAGCCAUUCCUCACUUGGUGCUGGGAAGAGGACCGCCAGGGGGAGCUUGGAAUGCCAUUGAGGGAUCCAUGAUUACUCUUAGCCGUGGGGAAUGGAUGGGCCUGCCUGAUUUGUCAUUUAAGGACUGGAUAAGGAUGAAAAGGAGGAACCUCAGAAAUGAUAGAUCCACUGCAGGUGACAUCUUGAAUUAUUACCAAUACUAUGUAAGGAACAAAAGACUUCAGGACAACUUUGUUUCAGGAGCUGUUGUCAAAUCGGUUGUAAAACUGAGCAGAAGUGAGGAAAGUUUACCUGAGAAGGACAACCUCUGGGACAUACCCGAGCCUAAAACAGAUAGACCAGAGGACAAGAGCAUCUUCCAAGUCAGUGGCUUCAUCAAAAACAAUUCAGGAACCAAGCAGAAUUUCUGUGUAUAUGCAAAGAAUGUGGUUUUGGCCACAGGAACAUAUGAUAGUCCUUUGAAAUUGGGCAUCCAAGGAGAAGAUCUUCCAUUUGUAUACCACCAGAUCUCUGCUCUUGAAGAAGCUGUGAAGACAAAAAAAGUCCAUCAAGACUCGGACCCUGUACUGAUCAUAGGCGCAGGUCUGACAGCUGCAGAUGCCAUUCUGUUAGCGCAUCAUUACAACAUCCCCGUAAUUCAUGCCUUUAGAAGACGGGUUAAUGACCCAGCACUCAUUUUCAACCAGUUACCACAGGUUAUGUACCCAGAGUACCACAAGGUGCACCACAUGAUGAAAGAACAAUCCGUUUUUAAAGGUGGACCCUAUGAAGGUUACAUGAGUCUUCCUGAACACCAUGCAGUUCACUUUAGUGACAGCAAAAAAUGUAUUUUCAAGGAUAAAAAUGGACAGCGCAAGGCCUUGAGUGUCUCCAUGACCCUAAUUCUUAUUGGUUCCAACCCUAACUUGUCUUUCCUUCCAGAAAAUGGCAAGCACCUGGCUGUGGACACACAGAAGCCAGUCAGCUCCAAAAGGAAUCCGCUGGAGAUUGAUCCAUUCACUUAUGAGUGCUUACAGGAGAAAGGUCUUUAUGCAGUUGGACCUCUGGCUGGUGACUACUUUGUACGCUUUGUUCAAGGUGGAGCUUUAGCUGUUGCUAGCUCAAUACAGAAAUCUCAGAAGAAACCUCCCUAA